AUGGCCGUCCUCGGGCAGUACGACUACCUCUUCGCAGUCGGUACCAUCUUUGCCUUCCUCGAUGCCUGGAACAUCGGAGCCAAUGAUGUCGCCAACUCUUGGGCCUCUUCCGUAUCCUCCCGUUCCAUCACCUACUUACAAGCCAUGUGUGGUGCCUCCGUGAUGGAGUUCAGUGGCGCGCUCGGUGUUGGUGGUCGUGUCGCUGAUACAAUCCGAACAAAGAUUGUCGACGUCGAAGCCUUUGACGAGAGCCCGGCUCUGCUGAUGCUUGGUAUGGUCUGCGCCGUGAUUGCCUCUUCUGUCUAUCUCACUAUUGCUACCCGCUUCGGUUUCCCUGUUUCUACCACCCACUCCAUUCUCGGUGGUGUUCUGGGUAUGGGCGUCGGUGCUCUGGGUGGUUCUGGGAUUACUUGGGUUGGCUACAAGGAUGAUGGCUCGCUCGAUAUUCAGAAAGGUGUCGUCCAGGUCUUCCUCGCGUGGAUUAUAGCUCCCGUACUUUCCGGCGCCUUCGGCGCUAUAAUUUUCCUCUUCACCAAGUACGGCGUUCUUCUCCGCAGUAACCCAGCCAUGAGGGGCCUUAUCCUCGUUCCCUUCUACUUCUGGCUUACUGGCUCUCUCAUUACUAUGCUGCUCCUUUGGAAGGGUGGCUCUUACGAGGUUAGCCUUAGUGGUGCUGAGAUUCCUGGUGUCAUCGUCGCCGCCGGUGCCGCAUGGGGCCUUCUCAUGGCCGUUUUCCUCGUUCCCUGGCUGUACCGUGUCGUUAUCAAGGAGGAUUGGCAGCUCAAGGGCUACCAUAUUUUCCUCGGCCCUCUCCUGCUCCGCCGAGGCCCUGUACCCCCUCCCCCGGCCGACUUCAAGGGCGUCGUUCGCAACUUCUACGAGGGUCAUCUUACCCGCGAGGAGCUUGAGGCCCGCCAUGCCCAGCGCGCCGCCGACCUCACUGGCGACAUCGAGGGUCAACGCGAGAAGAAGACCGCUAUUGAUAAUGACACGGAGCAAAAUUCUCCCGAUAACACCCAAGUCACCCCGCACAAGUCUCUGAUCGGACCCAAGCCUCAUGCUCCCUGGUACUCUGGUGCCUUUGUUUGGUGGGCCAUCAAAUUUGCUAUCUUGCGCGGUGUCGACCGAGAUAUCGUUAGCUCCCAGAGCGAGAAGUCUGUUGUUGCUGGUGAUGUGGAGGAGAUCCAUGCCCGAGCCCGCCAUUUUGACAACCGUACUGAAUUUCUUUACACUUUCCUCCAAGUCAUGACUGCUGCCGCUACUUCUUUCACCCACGGUGCUAACGAUGUGGCUAACGCCGUGGGUCCCUACGCCUCCAUAUACCAGAUCUGGCAGUCUGGAGCGGUUCCUGGCUCCAAGGCUCAGGUCCCUAUCUGGAUUCUCGCCUUUGGCGGCGCUGGUAUUGUGAUCGGCCUCUGGACUUACGGCUAUAAUAUCAUGCGCAACCUGGGUAACCGUGUCACACUCAUGUCCCCUGCUCGAGGGUUCUCCAUGGAGCUUGGCACUGUCAUUACCAUUAUCCUAGCCACUCGACUUAAGCUACCUAUCUCCACUACUCAGUGCAUUACGGGUGCUAUUGUCGGCGUCGGUCUCUGCAACGGCGACUGGCGGUCUAUCAAUUGGCGCAUGGUCGGCUGGAUCUAUUUAGGUUGGUUUAUUACUGUUCCAACGGCCGGGCUUAUGUCUGGAAUUCUGAUGGGUUUUAUUACCUACGCGCCUAACUGGUAG